AUGUCCAUACAACUAGGUCAAGUACCGGCUGUUGUCAUUUCAUCUUCAAAAGCAGCAGAACUAUUCCUCAAAACACACGACCUUGUUUUCGCAAGCCGACCAAAGCUUCAAGGAUCUGAGAUCUUGUCUUAUGGUUCUAAAGGGUUUGCUUUUUCUGAGUAUGGUCCUUAUUGGCGUAGUAUGAGGAAAAUCUGCACUUUGAAACUUCUUAGUGCUUCCAAAGUUGAGAAGUUCGCUCCUAUUAGAAAACAAGAGUUGAGUGUUUUGGUUAAAUCUUUAGAGAAAUCUGCUUUGGUGGGUGAGGUUGUGAAUGUUAGUGAUGCUGUGGAAAAUCUUAUAGAGGAUAUUAUGUUUAAGAUGAUAUUGGGUAGAAGUAAGUAUGAGCAAUUUGACUUGAAGAAGCUUGUUAGAGAAACACUGAUUUUAUUUGGAGCUUUUAAUCUGGCUGAUUUUAUUCCCUGGUUAGGAGUAUUUGAUCUUCAGGGAUUAAAACGAGGUUUCAAGAAAAUCAGUAAAACAUUGGACGAGAUACUAGAGAUGAUAAUAUCGGAGCAUGAACAAAAUACUAAUAAAGAUAAAACUCGUGGUGAAGACUUUGUCGACAUACUACUUUCGAUUAUCCACCAAACCAUUGAUCAUGAUAGUGAGCAAAAUCAUGUCAUUGAUCGAACAAACAUCAAGGCUGUUUUACUCGACAUGAUGGUGGCAUCAAUUGAUACCUCUGCUAUAUCAAUUGAGUGGAUUUUAUCGGAACUAUUAAGGCAUCCAAGAGUGAUGAAAAUUCUUCAAAAAGAGAUACAAGAUGAAGUAGGAAAUAAGAGAAUGGUUGAAGAGAAGGAUUUGGAAAAGUUAAAGUACCUAGAUAUCGUGGUUGAUGAAACCUUUAGACUCCGUCCUACUUCAGCUUUUCUAAUUCCUCGUGAAUCUAGAGAGAGCGUCAUAGUUGAUGGUUAUUUAAUAGAGAAAAAGACACGAAUUAUGAUUAAUAUAUGGACAAUGGGGAGAGAUCCUAAUAUUUGGUCAGAAAAUGCUGAGGAGUUUUAUCCAGAGAGAUUUAUUGACAAAAAAAUGAAUUAUCAAGGACACGAGUUUGAGUCUCUGCCAUUUGGUUCUGGUCGUAGACGUUGUCCUGGAAUUCAAUUGGGCUUAACAACUAUUAAGUUGGUUGUUGCUCAAUUGGUGCAUUGUUUCGAUUGGGAACUUCCAUAUAAUAUUAACCCUUCUAGCUUGAAUAUGGAGGAAAAAUUUGGACUCGCAACACCAAGAGCCCAAGAUUUGCAUGCAAUACCGCAUUAUCGUUUGGUUGAUGUCAAACAUGAUUAA